GUUCUUGUAAUUUGAAAUACCAUCAUUGAAUAAGGUUAUAUUGGGUAUCUUUGACACUAUUGCUACGACGAUGUGGAUUUGCUUCAGUCCAGGCUGUGCUUCUCGUGCUGUUAGAGACACGUUAUGUUUCUGGCCGUUACGAUACUCCUGGCGUUCACUUGCUGUGACUCCAGCUCGUCUUUUUUACACAAAUCCUUUAGAAACAAGACGAUGUCUUUUGCGGCAUAUUCAGUUUUUGAGAUUCAACACGAAUAAUGGCUUAGGAAGGGCAUUUUGUAUGAGUCAAGAAAACCAGUUAGAGAAGUCAUGGUGGCACUUCUUGCAAACACUGCAGCAAAGAGAGAAAAGCAAAUCCCAAGUUUGUGAUAUCGAUGGAGUCUCCUUGAGGAAGCACGCGCAUGAUGUGCUUGCGUCAUCAGGCAGCUUAGCACUUUCUGUAGAAGUAGAAAAAAAGAGGCAAGAACUCAAUCAGUUAUUGCAAGAGCAUCAAGACAAUAUCUUGGACGAGAAUCUGUGUCGUCAACUAGAAGUACUUGGUAAUGCAAUUCUGUACCACCUGGAAAGUGGUAAAACCACACUUCCAGUAAGCAGGACGAAAGGUACAGCGAUAGGAUGUGUUGUUUCCAACUCUCAAGAUAAGUUCAUCGGAAAGCAACCUAAUGUUCUGUGGAGAAGCAUCGAUAAGUCAAUAUUGCGAUCUCACCCCCUGUACCGUCCACUUCCUCCUCCUUACCUUAUAAAGGUAGCAAGUUGUCAUGAUUUUCGCAUGUUGAGACAGGAUUCUGAGGAAUGGAAGAUUGCUCGUAGUUUUUCACAAGUUAGCGCUAGUACUUUGUGGAAAAUUCUUGGUUUUGGAGAACGAAGGGCAGCCACAUUUUUAGGACUUCCUAAUAGCAUGAAAGGCCAUCAUCAUGCAAUUCAUGCAUGGAAGUCACUUUUGAACCCAUCAUUUGAGGAAGUUUACGAUUCUGUGAGUAAGAUUCGUUUGAAAUGGGGACAUUCUCAUGAAGCCAACUGUUUAUUGGCAUUUCUUGAAUAUAUGCAUUCGUUUCAGGAUAUAAGAAUGCAAGAAGUUGGACUCUUUGUGUUAGAGAAAGGACAAGUUUUGCCGCAAUGGAACAUUUUUUAUGAGGAGCUUCCUACUAUUUCGGCUAGUCCCGAUGCUCUGUUUCGUGUUCGUAAAACGAAUGGGGUUUGGAGCGUUUGGCAAUUGUGUGAAGCGAAGUGUCGCUGUCCUUUUGUUCCUCGAAUUGUAGCCUCUUCUUUGCAUUCUUCCCUUGAAACAUCUUCACCUGAGAAAGGUCCUUUGUUCAGAAACAAAGAUAUUUUGAACUAUGCGAAUUGGUCAUUUCUCAAUUUUCGGCCAUUAGAAAAACUUUCUCCUAUUUAUUUUGCACAGAUGCAAUUGCAAAUGUUAUGUGCGAAUAUUGAAGAGCAAGGAUAUCUUAUUUCAUAUAGUGUCACUAAAGGAUCCAAUAUAUUUCAAGUUACACGUAGCAAUGAAUGGUUAGGUGCUUGUUUAUCCUUUGUUCGUGAAUUUUAUAACAGAUAUGGAAGAAAAGAAUCUAGCGCUUAUCCUCCUGAUGACUUUUUCUGGGAUGUUCCUGGCUAUCAAGAUUUUCUUCAGUUGACAAAGGACUUGACGAGCCAAUGUACUGUUUGGAAGCACAUAUCAUAUGAAGAUUUCAAUUCAUACAUCAAAUUUUAAGCGAAAGAUGGGUUGGUUAGAGUUUUUUCUGUGUUAGACUUGUUUCUUUUGUUUAAGGUUAUAUUGCGGAGUUUGCAUUAUCUCAAACUUCAAGUUGCUCUCCUACUACUUUGAACGGGUUGUGUACAAUUUUUGUAUUAUAGCAACAUUUCAUUGUUGACAGACAACGUGUUGAGUAUUUUCGAAAGAGUUGAUAGGCUCUAAUGCCCUUUGGAAAGAUUUGGAAUAGAUGUACCAGACAGUUUUCAAUGCAAGUUUAGUGAAGUUUCAAUUUGUGCUGUUAAGUCAAAUAUAUGAUCGAACAACAGGCAACCUCAAAAAAUUGUUCAAGAACCCACGAAACUUUCAUUUUUACAUAGACAGAAUGUUUGGUUUAGAACACUUCAUGGAGUGAAUGACAAGGAAACUCCAGUCGCCGAACAUGUCCAUAUUUCACAUUUGACUGUUAUUAGGCUAUCAAGAGAACCUAACUGGCAUCCUAUCGUCGAUUUCAAACAAGAAAGGUCUUAUAUGUAUG